UAAGCACAGUGUCGGGACAUGGCUGAAGCCACCGCUACGGCGCCGAGAGGGCCGGGAAGACACUGUACGUGGCCGGCUGGAAUCAGAUCACGGGCACUGUCACGCAGGAGGAGCAAGCAACACCAGGAUCUACCGCGUUUUCGCCCCCUACGUAGUAAACAUGAACACCAAUACAAGAUGCUAAGCAUGAAUGAACACGUGAAAUCCACCUGACCAGCCCCGUAGAGAAUGAUCCACCAACCCCAUGUCAUACAGCCGCCCAGCCUGCUCAUGUCAGAGCAUAACUAGUCAUCCCCCCCGGAAACCCGAAAAGGAAAAGCCCACCCCCCCAUCUCCUCUCCAGCCGCGACAGCCAGCCACCAAGCUUGGUUCUGUGCUCCCAAGCAAGGCAGGGCACAGGCCGGGGCGGGGGGGAGCAGCCCACGCGCCAGAGGGAGUCCACACAUCCGCCCUCCCGCCCCUCCUCCUUCCCACACAGCUGGGUACGCUAGCGAAGAACCUGCCAGCCACACCUGCAGCCCUGAACCGUUCCCGCCCCGUCCCGCCCGGGGGGGUGUGCGUCAAGAAGGGGGGUGCGUGGGGAACGCGUGGCCAGCUGUCCGUCCGUCCGUCUGCAGCAGCAGGAGGUACCGGUACUUUUUGGCCCCAACCUCCUCCUCCCCCGCCGCCCAGUAAAAAGGAAAAACCCAGUAUCCCGGAAACCGAACCUGUUCAACCCCCCCCCUGCCGUCCGCCCCGCCCAAUCAUACCGUCGUAACAUCAUGUGUGGGAAACAGCCUGCCGCUCAGAUGUGCAGAUUGCGCACGAGGGAGGUGUGGAGAGCGCGGGCCGCGCCGUUGCGAG